AUGAGAUUUCCAAGCAUUUUUAUCUUUUUGGAGGGCGUUUUCGUCGCCGAUUGCAGCUCGAAAGCUCGUCAGCGGUCGGAUUUUCUUGGCAACGAUAUUUUUCGCACAAGACCACUUAUUUACUCUUCAAAAAAUGAUUUGUAUCAAGAAAAUGUUGAAUCAGAAGCUGUUGGGGCCAGCAAACCGGGAUUCUCGAAAAAUGACGAUAUCGAGAGAAGCUUUGAAAUCAAGGAAGACGAAUGCCCUGAUAAAGCCUUGCAGUCAGAAUGCGAAGGUGUUUGCCGAGUCGAGUACAACAGAUGCCGUCUUCUCUGCGAAACGGAGUACUGCCAGUCAAUCUGUGACAGGGAAUUCCAAAGAAAAAUAGACGAAUACGUUCGCUCGGCUCCUCAUGCUUUAGUCAACGGCGAGUUCUUUAUUUUCGGUGGAUUCAUGGAUUCUUAUAAAAUUGCUAAAUUGACUGGAUAAGAUCUUGAAUCAGAAGCUGUUGGGGCCAACAAACCUGGAUUUUUGAAAAAUGGCGAGCUCGAGAGAAGCUUUGAAAUCAAGGAAGACGACUGCCCGGAUAAAGACUUGCAAUCAGAAUGCGAAGAUGUUUGCCGAGUCGAAUACAACAGAUGCCGUCUCCUCUGCGAAACGGAGUACUGCCAAUCAAUCUGUGAGAAGGAACUUCAAAGUUGCCGCGACAACUGUCCCUGUGGAGAAAACUGUCAAGAAGGAUGCUUUAAUUGCGAAAAUCAUAUCUGUCCGGUGCGUUGA